ACCAAUAAAAAGUCUUAUUGGCUUGGGCGCAGGCAACGCUUCAGUAAUGAUGGGUCAUAUAAGUGGGGUGAAAGCUCGACUUAAAGCUGUUAUUCCAGAUCUCUAUGUAUUAGGAUGUACAUGUCAUUCUUUUCACUUAUGUGCCUCUGCAGCAUGUCUGAAACUGCCCAGAACAAUUGAACAGUUUGCAAGAGAUAUAUACAAUUAUUUCAGUAAUAGUUGCAAAAGAUAUGUCGAACUUAGAGUAUGCCAAGUGUUUCUUGACAUGAAACCCAAUAAGUUGCUGCGCCCAAGUCAAACUCGAUGGCUUUCAUUACAAAUGGUAGUGAAAAAGAUACUACAUAAUUGGCAACCGCUUACUUUGUUCUUUCAAGGAGCACUUUUGGAAGACAGAUUGCAAUCAUCACAAAAUAUAUUGAACGCUCUUUCAAAUCCUGUUUACAAAUUAUAUUUUUUAUUUUUAAAUUUUAUUUUAGAAGCUGUAAAUAAGUUGAACUUAGAGUUCCAAAGUGAAAAACCGAAAAUUACAUCUCUCUAUGACAACGUUACUAAUCUAAAUAAAUUAGUUUUAAAAUCAUUUAUUAAAAAAGAAAUUCUAGAUUUCUUCAGUUUAUCAGAUUUAGAUCCAUCAAAUCAAAAAUAUUUUGUUGAUUUAUCUCAAUUAUAUCUGGGAGCUAAAGUUGAACAAUUUUUGAAAGAAAAUUGUGAAAAUCUCAAUGAAAACGAUAUAAAAAGUUUUCAAUACAAGUGUAGAGAGUUUUACGUUGAACUCUGUGUUCAGAUAAAAAAACGUUUUCCGUUUGAGGAUAAAUUUUUAAAAAGUAUAACUGUAUUAAAUCCUGAUAAAGUUAUGUCAGGAAAUAUUCCAACAAUCACAAAUAUUUUAAAUUUUUUUCCUCAGCUAAAAGAUUUGUGCAACUUAGAGGAUAUUAAUUUGGAAUGCCCAAAUUUGAAAAAAUUUGUUACUCAUAUACUCUCUCUCCCUCAUUUCUCAGCAGCAGCUGAAAGAGUUUUUUCUCAACUAUUUUUAAUAAAAACGAAACCAAGAAAUAGAUUAGAUGUAAAGACAUGUCAAAGUCUCCUUUAUAUCAAAUAUUAUGUAAAAGACAAAGCAGAAUCAAUUGCAAGGACUAGUUCCUCUAUCAGCACCUUUACUGGUAACAGCCCAAUAGAGGGAACAAAAAAACCUGUUAUGGUGUACUCAAGGAAGCGAUUAUUUCAAGCCCUUGUUGAAAAACCUUGUAGCUCCUCGAGUAUCCUGUAUGAACCAUCAAUAUCUAAUAAUAUGGAAACAGAUAAACUUGAAGGGCACUCGACUGUGACAGUUGAGUAA